CCUAGACUUCCUCUAACUGAUGCGAUGACGUCCACAAGCCAACUCAAUUGCUGAGAGAUGUCGAGCACAUGCUGUUUGCCUUGUGCUGGUUUGGCAAAGCUGUGCCGUGCUUGGAGACGAGCAUGGUUGGGAUGUGACCAUGCCAAUGCUAGUCCAGGCCAGCCUUCAGAAUGGUCCUCAUCUGCACUGACACAGGUGAGCUCUGCUAUUCCAGAGCUCACGGCGGAUGCGCCUCAGGUACCUCCGGGCCAGACUUGCAGGAUCUGCCUGGAGGAAGGGGGCGAACUCCUGAGCCCAUGCGUCUGCCGUGGCUCGGCCAAGUAUGUCCAUGUCGACUGCAUUGAAGCUGCCUUUCGAGCGAGAGGGCUCCUGUUGGACUUGGCCUGUCCAACCUGCAAGCACCACUACGAAGGACCAGCAGCUGUGCGAUUGGGCACUGUGGCGCUGAGUGAGUUGCAGACCCGUUAUGGCGAGGAACACGCCGUGGUUGGAGCAGCUUUGCACAACCUGGGUGUGGCGUAUGGGCUUUGUGGGAACGCUCUUAAAGAGCGAGAGCAUCUGGAGAAAGCCCUUGAAAUUCAGGAGCGUGAAUUUGGACCAGAUCACUGUGAUGUGGCGACUACGCUUUCCAACCUUGGCAAUGCGU